GAGCGAGGGCCUCUGGGUCUUCCCCCCUCCGGGUGGGAAUGGAAGGCGCCGGCUAGUCACGUGACCAGGCUUGGCGGAUCUUGUGACAAGGAACUGGAGGUGGCCGGGCCUCGGGGAAGAGUCUGGCUCAGGCCGAGCUCUGAGUCCCCUCUCACCAUGUCUGGCUGCUGCCGGCCCAGAUGCCAUGUGAUGGUCAUUUGAAGACAGGCCUGCCGGACAUCAGGGUCCAGACUCUGCCCUCAGGAUCCUGGGCUUUCCAGCUAACCAUACCUGGCCCUGGUUUAUGGCUGCAUGCUGGGCAGUGCAUGUGAAGACACACGUGGUGAGGAAACGACAGAGUUGAGCCCGGGACUGGAAGGAGACAGGGAAACCUGGAUGGGAAAGGAACAAGACUUAGAGGCCACAGCACACCCAAGAGGAAGGAAAUAAAGCUGAUGUCUUGGGAUGUCCACAUUUUAGAACUGGCAUCGGUGAUGGAACAGAUAUGAACACCUGAGCCCAUUCUUAGAGUUUCACUUUGCAUCAAUACUAUCUGCCCUGCCUGUCUCCCAAGAGAGGCUCAAAUGCAAUAACUUAUGUGAGGGUGCUUUGUAAACCACCUUGCGCCAUUUAGAGGUCCUGAGGUUCCAAGUUGCCUUCCAGUGUCAUUUCCCUUUUGUCUGAAGAACUUCCUUCAGCACUUCUGUUGGAUCAGCACAUCCUCAGAAGUUCCUUUAAAGCAGAUCUUAAGAAGUAAAUUUCGUCCUCACUUCCCCAAGAUGGCAGCAGCAGAAGACGAGUCACUGCUACCACGGCUGCCCGAGCUAUUCGAAACCAGCAAGCAGCUUCUGGACGAAGUAGAAGUAGCGACUGAACCCACCGGUUCCCGGAUAGUCCAGGAUAAGGUGUUCAAGGGACUGGACCUCCUUGAGAAGGCGGCUGAAAUGAUAUCGCAGCUGGACUUGUUCAGCCGAAAUGAAGACCUGGAGGAGAUUGCUUCCAGCGACCUGAAGUACCUGAUGGUGCCGGCCUUUCAAGGAGCUCUCACCAUGAAACAAGUCAGCCCCAGCAAGCGUCUGGGUCAUUUGCAGCAGGCUCGAGAACACUUUCUAAACUACUUAACUCAGUGCCAUUAUUAUCAUGUGGCAGAAUUUGAACUGCCCCAAAUCAAGAACAACUCUGCUGAAAAUAACACUGCGAGCUCUUCUGUGGCUUAUCCUAGCCUUGUUGCUAUGGCCUCUCAAAGACAGGCUAAGAUAGAGAGAUACAAGCAGCAGAAGGAGAUAGAGCACAGAUUAUCUACCCUGAAACCUUCUGUGGAAAGUGGCGAAGCAGACGACGAGCGUGUUCGUGAAUAUUAUCACCUUCACCUUCAGAGGUGGAUUGGCAUCAGCUUGGAAGAGAUUGAGAGUAUUGAUCAAGAGAUAAAGAUUCUAAGAGAAAAAGACUCCUCAAAAGAGGCAUCAACUUCUCGUUCAUCUCUUCAGGACAGGCGUCCAGUAAAGCCUUUCAUUCUCACCCGGGAUGUGGCCCAAGCCAAGGUGUUUGGAGCUGGUUAUCCAAGUCUGGCAACCAUGACAGUGAGUGACUGGUAUGAUCAGCAUCGGAAAUACGGGGCAUUACCAGAUCAGGGAAUCGCCAAGACAACACCAGCAGAGUUCAAAAAGGCACCUCAACAACAGGAAGAUGAGGAGCCAAAGGAGGAGGACCCUGAUGGGGAAACCCUACACAGAGCCCGGGAGUGGGACGACUGGAAGGACACCCAUCCUAGGGGUUAUGGCAACCGACAGAACAUGGGUUAAUCUUCCCACAAGACAGGACUAGAGAUGGCUCACAUCUUCCUCUCCAAGGAAAGCUGUGCCACUCUUCCCCUCCUCCCUGGGCUCCUGCUUCAGUUGUGUACAGUGAAGGCAAAAACGCUUCAUCUUGCUUUGUGUUCAAUAAAGUAUCAAACGAUUCAGUGUGUAUUUGUAGCCUUGAUGAUGAGCCAACAAUCUUGUUUCAGCAUUAUCAUCCUUAACAAGAUGUAUUUCAAAUCCUUAACUGGAAAGAAAAGAGCAUGGAAUGGCUUGCUAUAAUCAAUGACUUUAUGCAUUCUCUUUAAAAAAUAAUAAAGUUCCUUGUGGAGGCCCCACCCCAGUCAGGAUGGCACAGUGAGAAGCUUCAGGGUUCCGUUCCCCCACAGAAACAUUGAAGAACCAGCAAGACUGGAAGAAACAUCUUUCUCAACGCUUCAGAAAGCAAUUAAAGUAUUGUGGUAACAGGGAAGCAGCCAAUCAAGAAAAAGGUCACUUAAAAGCAUAGGAUCUCCUGGUUCCCUGACCCUUCGCCAGCUUGACAAGGGGCUGACCCACGCUCCCAGUGUGAAUGCCUGGUCUCAGUUCCAGCGGGAGCAGAGUAUCCUCGUGUACAUUCUGAGAGCAUGUAUGUCUGGCUCAGUCUGCCUCAUGGUGGCCUGAGGGACUCAUUGUCCCAGAACUUGCACUGUGCAUGGAAGGUGGCUCACAGAGCUCUCCUACAAAAUGCUAUGGGGGAGCAUCAAGUCAUGGCUGCCUGGGGCAAGGGAUUGCUGGCCAUAGGACAGACAGGACUGGGAGGAAACUGUUUCCUAGCGAAGAGGGGACAUUUGUAUUCAUGGAAACAAGGGAGUUCCUAUGGCAUGAUGACACACACACAGAAAUGACCCCAGGGAGACCCCUACGCUUUGGCCUGGAGCUAUUCUCCAAACUCAUCAUGUGGAUAAGCUCUAAAGGAGACCACUUGCACAGUCAGUCUGCAAAGACUGAGAAAGGUAUAUUUUUCCUAGGAAACCUGUCAUAACACCAGCUGGAUACAAACUUAAGGAACAGACACCUCAGAGUCUAAAUUCCAGUGAUAUGCAUUUAAAUAACAAAAUGUCCAGGUUUCAACAAAAGGUUUAUAAAACAUAAAGAAACAGGAAGCAGUGACCCAGGCAAAGAAGAUUACAGCGUAAGACAGCAUCAAUGAGAAGGACAAGACCUGGGACAUACCAGAAAAAGACUUUUAAAAAAUGGUCCUCAGUAUGCUCGAAGAGUUAAAAGAAACCAUGGACAAAGAACUAAAAGAAAUUUGGAAAACAAUAGCUAUCAGUAGAGUGAUGGAAAUUAUAAAAAGGAACCAAACAGAGCUGAAGAUCACAGUAACAGAAAUUAAAAAUUCCCUGGAGGGAU